CCAAAUGUCAAUGAACUCUCCACAGCAAGUGGGCUGGAAAUAUUUAAGGGUAAUAAUCACUGCAGAGCGCUCAGAUACAGCAUUUGUCCACUAUGACAGACAGAAUAAGCUCAAGUUCAAGUCUGUUGAGUUUCUUAGUAUCUGUAACCGUUUGGAAGUAGUUAUUUUAUAUCGGAAAGCAACAUGUAGAGUUAUUAACAGCUGGAUAUCCUUGGAUCAAACUGUUGAGGGCGCGUUUCUUGCUCCUGCGGAAUAUACGACAGGUGACUUUAUGUAGAAGCACAACAACUCCUCCAGGAUGAAACUGUGGACUUUACUUGUCAUUAUCCCGGUGUGCGCAUCCUCUCCUCUGUCAGCCGAAACUUCUAAAUCCAAAGGUCCAGCUGUGGAGAGCCGCUGCUCCGGCCGAGCCUGCAACCCGCUAAUGGGCAACUUGGCCCAGGGCAGAGUGCUGAGAACUCAGUCGGUCUGCGGCUCCAACUCCUCGGAGCCCUACUGUAUCUACAAAGAGACCGCUUCCCCCCGUAGAAGGGAGUCCUGCUCGGCCGCAAAAUGCAGCAAGUGCAACUCUGCCAUCCCGAACCAAGCGCAUCCCCCCUCUGCCAUGAGCGACUCUUCUUUCCGCUACCCUGACACUUGGUGGCAGUCGGCAGAGGGGGUGAAGGAGGAUAUGCUCCAGCUCGACCUGGAGACGGAGUUCCUCCUCACCCAUGUCAUCCUGGUGUUCCGCUCACCCCGCCCCGCUGCAAUGGUGCUGGAGCGCUCCCAAGACCAUGGUCACACAUGGAGGGCCAGCAGGUAUUUUGCCAGGGACUGUGAGAAGGUGUUUGGCAUGUCAGAGGGUUUGCCAUUCGGGGAGAGUGGAGCAACUUGCACCUCCAAGUAUUCAGGAGCUUUCCCUUGCACCAGAGGAGAGGUGAUCUAUCGAGCUUUGUCGCCCUGGAACUCUGUGGAUCCGUAUGGACCAGCUGCCCAGGACCAGCUCAUGAUCACCAACCUCAGAGUCCGUCUGCUGCAGCGCCAGCAGUGUCCCUGCCAGGCCAAACAUCCUGGUGCCGCUGUCCUCCCCACCGACCACUAUGCCAUUUAUGAUUUUAUUGUCAAAGGCAGUUGCCUUUGCAAUGGUCAUGCUGACAACUGUGUACCAGCCGGGGGAUACCAGUCCAGCCAACAGAAGACCGACAACAUGGUCCAUGGCAGGUGUGUCUGCAGACACAACACAGCAGGUGACCACUGCGAGCGCUGUGCACCUCUCUACAAUGACCAACCCUGGCAGGCUGCCAAUGGCAUCAUAGGAACACCGCAUGAAUGCCAGAAAUGCAAGUGUAAUGGUCAUGCCAAGAGCUGUCACUUCAGUCGGGAAUGGUGGCUAGCGACAGGACGGCAGAGUGGUGGGGUGUGUGACAACUGCCGCCACAACACGGAGGGCCGUCACUGCCAGAACUGUAAGAAAGGCUUCUUCAGAGACCCCGGCCAACCAAAAACUGCCCCUGACUCCUGCAAAGCCUGUUCCUGCCACCCUGUAGGCUCUGUCCUCUCAGGAGGUAGCACUCUCUGUAACCCUAGCAGUGGGGAGUGCACUUGUAAGCCCGGUGUCGGAGGCCCCAGCUGUGACAGCUGCAUGCUGGGAUACUGGGGGCUUGAUGAAUACGGCUGCCGUCCAUGUGACUGCACAGGGGACUGUGACCCCUACACCGGUGACUGCAUUUCUGGCUCAGAUUCGGAGGUCUUCUAUACAGCCACCGGCCACAUGGGACACAGCAGCAAUAAUAGUGAUACGGCACUCUUUAGGGUAGAGGAGCUUUUCUCUGCACUGCACCACUCUGUGAAAUGUGAAUGUGUGGAAGUAACCCUUGGCAUCCCUAAACUAUUCUGUGCUGCGGAGUAUGACUAUGUGCUGGUGGGGAAAGUAAUGUCAGCUCACGAUAAAGGCUCCCAUGCGGAAGUAGAGGUUAAAGUCAAGAAGGUCUUGUACCAGAAGCCUCAGAUGAAGAUCCAGCGGGGAAGUGUCACACUUUACCCAGAGUCUUGGACCACCCAGGGCUGUACCUGUCCUAUCCUCAACCCAGGAUCUGAGUAUGUAGUGGCUGGUCAUGAGGACUGGAAGACCGGCCGACUGAUGAUUAACACCAAGAGCCUGGUAAAACCAUGGAAGUCAACCUUGGGACGCAAAAUCCUCCACACCCUCAGAAAAGACUGUGGCCGCUGGUAGGGCUUUACCAAGAACUGCAGUGGACAGAGGGAUGGAAAGGUAUGAUCUGUGACAUACAGGAGUAAACAAGGGACUGUUUAAAUUAGGCAUUGCUUGGACACUAAAAUGAAAGCAAAUCCCCAUGCCUACUACAGAGAUUUAAUGUUUCUGUGGAGUCCACAGCCCCAAGAAACAGCUACUACGCCACAGUGCUGUGGUGAAAAUAAGCACAAACCUCGCCCGACUACGGUCACUUACUGUAAGAGUCAAAGAAAACAAAGCAAAGACAAAGCUGAUGUUGGAAUUUCAUUCCUGUCUUACUGUAUUGUAUUUUCUAGGUAAUUUAUGAAACAAUGCAUGUUAAAUACUCAGUUACACUUUAUUUCCUGGGUACGUUGCUGUCAGACUUGAUGAGCCAUUUAAGUCCUACAGUAUACAUUUUACUGAGAGUUGUUUACUCUAAAGUCUUGCAAAGGCACAGACUGAAUUAUCCUUGUUGUCUCGCAGAUAUUGCCGAUAAAUCAUGAAUGAAGUCAGAAUGUGUGUGAGUGUGGAUGUGUGCAUUUGCUUGAUGUCCUUGCCAGAGAGUCUGGGACUGUGCAGGUCAGAACAAGUAACUCCUGGAUGAAAAAAACAUUAAAGGAAUAAAGGGGCUUAAUCUGAACAGCUCUGCUCAGCUCCGGCAAACUCGCCCGCCUGCUGUCUGACAAGAGCAAAACACACUCUGCUCCACCCUCUCUGGUCUGGAGUACAUGCAGCCGGCUAAAACUAUCAGGAUUGAGUUUGUUCUCACAGCUGGUUCAGUUACAAGAAUUAUUCACUGUCAGGUUACUUCAGUCAGACUGGAUUCUGUGAGGAUUUCUGCUGUCUGACCUGCUUCUUUAUGAGGAGAAUUCACACAUCUCUCAAACCUGUGUGUGUGUGUGUGUGUGUG